UUUAUUGGUUGUGAAACUAGGCAGGGAAAGGGGAAGGUAAAAAAAAAAAAAAAACUAACGCUAAACUGUACGUAAGCUUCUUCCUCACCUUUUUUACAUUCUGUAAGUCACCGUUAGAUAUAGAACAGGUACUUAAUCAGGUCGCCAUCGAAAACCAAAAUGGGUUGCUUCUUUUCGAAGAAAUCCAAGAGAAAAUCAUCUGAAAAAGAGGAUCGUACGCCGACAGCAACGACUGCCGAAACUACGACGACAAGCAACGCGGUUCCCCUUGGCAACAGCUCCGACGAGGCUCCGAAGCAGUACAGCUGGGACAAGAGAGAAAAGGUUGACCCCAAAGACUACAUGCUGACUGGACUCAAAGAUGUCACUGUGGGCCGACUGCCUGGCAAACUAGACGGGCAACAAUUUGUCAUCCAAGAGUGUGAGAACUGCAACAUCUAUGUAUUCGACCACUCCGCAACGAUCACCAUCGAUGACUGUGUCAAUUGCCGCAUCGUUCUCGGGCCUGUCAAGGGCAGUGUGUUCUUCAGAGACUGUAAGGACAUCAAGUGCGUGGUGGCCUGUCAGCAGUUUCGCACGCGGGACUGUAAAAAGAUGGAGGUUUUUUUGUGCUGUGCCACACAACCCAUCAUCGAGUCGUCUACUGGCAUGAAGUUCAGCUGUUUUCAGUACUUCUACCCCGAGCUGGCCUUCCACUUUAAGGAUGCUGGGCUCAGCAUAUUCAACAACAACUGGAGCAACAUCCACGACUUCACGCCAGUGUCUGGAGAGAAUAACUGGAGCCUGCUGCCGGAGGCCACAUCAGUUUUGGAUUACGUACCAGCCCCGGACCCAGAAUCUGAAUUCAAGUCUGUUCGAAUCUCCACCGACCCCUCACGCAGCAUUGUGCCUUUAACAAAGGGAGGCAGACGUAAGGACAGUGAAGAGUCCUGCCUUUUUGUUUUCUUUGCUGGAGAGUACACCACCGCCAACGCCCGCAAACUGAUUGACGAGGUGACCGCUAAAGGUUUUGUGCUAAUCCAGACAAAGGAAGUGUCCAUGCGACCUGAAGAUGUGAAGAGGGUGUUUCACAACAGUGCAGACGAUCUGGUGGACUGGAUCACCAAAGGUCCCGUCAUUGCCCUGGAGCUGAAUGGUGACGGAGUUGUAGAAGCCUGCAAAAACAUCGCCAACGAAGUUUUCAGUGGUACAAAGGCUUUCGUCUCUGAUGACAAAGAUUCGUCAUCUCGAGACGUGGACAACUUUUUCAACUUCGCUGACAUGCAGAUGGGCUUGUGAAGCAGGAGAACAAAUCAAGACAAAGUUUUCUUCAGACGUAGAUUUUAAAAAGAAUUUGUAGCAAUGAACUAUUUGCCUUUUUAUUUUGGCCUCAAAUAAUUGCACAGACAGACUGAGACUUUAUAAUACAAAGCAUCAUUAACCAUUUGUCAACAGACCAAUUGCAACUGCCUAUCAAGAUACAAAAUCAUAUCAAUCAUAGCUGCUGUGAAUAUUUUUCUUUCCAUGAAUGUAUUUGCUGAAUCUUUUUAUUUUUGCGGACUCUCAUUUUGCUUUUGUUAAUUGUGAUUACAGGUUUUUGCUGUAAAUGUUUUUUUAUUUUUUAUUAAAGCUUUCUUUACUGCCUGAAACAGUCACUGCAUUGGAGAAAGCAAAAGCACAAAAUCCCUGAGGGAAAAUAUUUUAUAUGAAAUUUAUAUUAUUGUUUCCUGUAGGAUUCAUUUGCGUGGUUUAGUUAAUAUUGUUUAUUUAAAUUUGUAUGUUUGAAGCAUGCUGUGUAGGCGUAAUAACUACAGAUAUGUUAGGCCAAAAGUCAUAUGUGAAAGUUUAGUAUAUUUUGCUGUUCAUUUAAAUGAAUUGAUCAGUUUCUACCGAAUAGACACAAGGGUACGAAUGCCAGGCUUUGAUGUAUAUCUAUUCUUUGCUGGUAAUUUUGUAAAAAAACAAAUUAAUGUUCUUUGUAAUUUUUUUAAAGAUGUGUGAUUCCGUUGUG